UUACCACAAUUUUCGACUGAAGAUUGUCUUAAAAAGUUAUAUAAAUGAAGUGGUGACCCGAAUUCUACCUACGCAUUUAUGGUGGCCUCGACUGGUACAUAAAAUUUCAAAAACAAAAAAAGGAUUUUAGAGGAUAAUCCCACACUUCACAGAAAGAGUAAAAGAAAUUAAAAAAAAAGAAAAAGAAGGUAGCAGGUAAUGAUUUAAUUCCUGAUUUGGUUGUCCAAUGUAAGCCCAGCCCUAUAUUUACCUUAUCCAAAGAUUUGGCGGAGAAAUCCGCACACGCGUCGCCCAUGCUUCCAACCGUUAAAUAUUCCCUCCAUCUCUUUGUUGAAGCUUUUCAAUUUCCAUCUUCAGCCAUGUAAUCUAAGAAUAAAUCGAAGUUUUAAAGUUUUUUAAAUUACUUGAUGAUCCAUGUUAUCUUUGCGAAGUCUCGCCAGCGCCAAUGCUUUAUCAUCGUCAUCAUCAUGCUCGUCGCAGUUCCCAGCAGCACCUCCCUCUCUCUUCUCAUGCCGUGCAGCGUCAAAAUGCGCUUAUUUCUCAGCAUCUCCUCGCUGCUCUCUAAGAUUCCAGGAGUUGUCUACGGAUGAGUCGACGCCUCCUAUGCGAGAGGUUCUUCCAUUAAUGCAGCAGAGUGAUGAAAAUGAUCAACUUCCAAGCGAUAAGCAAGAAGAAGAGGAUGAGGAGGAGGAGAAGGAGAAGGGGAUUUCGAAAAUUCGAGUUUCAAGGCAAAAAUACAUACCAGUUUCUAAAGCAGAGCUUUUGGAUGCGAUCGUAUUAAAGUUUUUUAAUUCUCAAGAUGAUGUUAAUCAGUUUCUUCUACUCUCUUCGCGCUUGGAUUCUAUUAUUCACGCUGAGCAUAAAACUAUUUUAGAAGAAAUGCGAACUGAUUAUUUCCUCACACAUUAUGAGGAAACCAGUGAUAAAGUGUUUGCCGGCACAGAUGAAAAAUCUGGAGUCAGUGCAGACUCUGCUAAUGAUAGCAUCAACGGGGAGGAGACUGAAUUUGACAUGCAACUGAAUUUCAAUUAUGGUUUGGAUUUGAGGAAUUUCUUAGGUUCUUCAGCUAAAAUAAUUAACAAGACAUGUUCCAAUGGGGAGUCCAGGCUCGCCGUUGCUACUCGUUUCCAGCGUGCUUUCAUGCAGCUUCUUAAUAAUGCUCAGUUUGAAGAACUAUCGGCUCGGGACUUGAUGUUAACAUCUGCCUUGAAUUCGGAUUACCUACUUACUUUGCCAAUAUAUGUGGAUUGGCAGAAAGCAUCUGAAUCCAAUGCAAUUAUAUUUAGGAGGGGUUAUGCAACUGAGAGACAGAAAGGUCUUUUGAUUGUUGAAAAACUGGAUUAUAUACAAUCUGUGCUUCUGCAAAAAAUCUUCUUCCUUGUAUCAAAACCACUGGGGAAACUAGGCAAAUGGAUGAAAGAGGCGAUCAUAAAUUCGUCUCAAACACAAGAAGUACAAGAUUGGGUCAAGAGAGUGACGCUUUGGCUGGAGGAACUAUCUCUUUUUCGGAAAUUAUAUUCCACUAGAGAACAAGACUCUGAUAAUCCACUUGGAAUGGAUCAAUUAUCAGAUAGUGAUGUUCCUAUUUGGCUUGCAGCGCAGAGGGCAGUGAGUCGCUAUGAAGGGUUUCUUUCACCAGUUGGUCCCCGUGGAAGGCUACUUAAGAAGUUGCUUGCUUGGAUUGGCUUUGUGCCUCCUAUACCAGAAACACCAUUUGAACUUGACAAUGAUAAUAAUGCUUCUGAACCUCAUUUGAGGCCAAUUUUCUUAUCGAGGAUAUCGCUUAGUGAUAUAUGGAGACCUGCUACAAGAAAAUUCUGUGGAAAUGAUCUUUGGAAAAUGAUAAAAACUUCAUUUUCCAUUCUUCUCUCGCAGGCAAUCCUCGAGGAACCUGCAUUUGAAGAAUUGAUUUUGCUUUAUACCAAGGAAGUGACUGAAAGUGACACUAAGGACACAGCUGAGGUUCCAUCCUUGCAAUUAAAGAUCUAUGAGAAAAUCCCUAUUCCAGAUCUGCCAGUCAUUUUUCCUCAUAAAAAGCUUUCUUUCCGCAUCAUAGACACAGUACGCUUGGAUGCAGCCACCAUAUUGGGACUUUCAGCAUACUUCAUCAAUUACAAAUUCGAAAAUAUAUUAUAUUCCCCGUCGGCAAUAUUUCUUGAUGUAAUUGCCAUCACUGCACUUAUAAUCUAUGUGACGCGUGUGGCUUUGGGUUACAAACAGACAUGGGAUAGAUAUCAACUACUUGUUAACAGGACACUUUAUGAGAAAACACUUGCAAGUGGUUUUGGUUCAGUUCAUUUUCUCCUCGAUGCUUCUGAACAGCAACAAUAUAAGGAAGCUAUUUUAACAUACGCAAUCCUGCUUAAAGCAAAGAAUGGCCAGAGCAUUUGUCGACAAGGUCUCUGUGAUGAAUGUGAGAGAUUUAUGUAUGACGCCUUUAAAGCAAAGGUUGAAAUGCCGAUUGACAAGGCAGCGAACACAUUACUUAGAUUGGGCCUUGUUAUAGAAACACCUCUUGAUGGCAGAUUCAGACUGCAGGCUAUACCCUGCGGAAAGGCAGAGGAGGCCCUGAAAGAACGUUGGAAUAGUUUGCUUGGUUAAAAAACAAAGGGAAUCCGAAAGUUUCGUCAACAAACAAAUCUCUGCAUGUAAAUCUGGAAAAGCAAUUGGAACAUCAUCAUCCUGAGAAUUCAAUUCCCAAAUAUAUUUCAAAAGGCUACAGAAAGCUGGAGUAAAGUAAACAUCUGCUGAAAAAGAAAAUAUGUUAAGAGAUAUGCGGCAAAAGAAAUGAUCCUUUUCAUAUCGUUUGUUUGGUGGAUCUUUUUUUUCUUUUUGUCUUUUUUUUUUUUUUUUUAUACAUUUUUGAGAUUGAAACUCUAUUUACAAGUUGUAAAUGUUAUGACCAAUUGCCUCCAAUUAAUCA